GUAUACAACCAAACACAAUGUAAGUUUACACCACUCCCCUUUUAAUAAUUCUCUUAUCCAAACACAGCAAUUUCACAGAGCUUAGCGAAACGGGGCAUAUAUAAAAGAGCUAGUAGUUGAAACGUUAAAUCUUCGCACGGAAAGUCGACUGUUAAAUUUGAAUUUCAUCUACAACGCUCCAACGGUCCUUUUUUUCCAUUCCUGCUUUCUUUACUAUCGCUCACCGAGAAUUCCUGUUCUCCUUCUCCUUCUUCUUCUUGACCUUACUGUAAUUUCAUAAUGGGCACGGCUAGAACUAGAAGGCCUAAAGCUCCCUCCGAUCAGCAAAAUUGGCAAAAUAUCUUUAACGCUUUGGUGGAGAUGUUGCAGACCCAGCAGAUUCAACUUGAGUGGCUCGCCAAAGAGCGCAAAAUCCUCGAAGAUCGUAUCAUAAUGCAACAAGACCGAUGGGUCUCCGAUAUUCGCCUCUUGGAAGACCAAAUUUCUCAGGCGAGGCGGGAUUUGUUAGUUCAUGAUAUGACAGGCUCGCUUGAAUUGGCCAAGGCUGAAUUGGUUAUGGGUUUGAAGCAUAGGGAUGCGCAUAUUCACAAACUAAGAUUAGAGUAUACACAAACUGAGUUGGAAGCUUUUAAGGUGUUUAAAUUGAAGUGCUCUGAGCCAGAGAGUGGAGUCAGAGAGAGAAAUACAAAGACUUUGGGAAAUAGUAAGAGUGAAGAACAUCGAUAUGAAAAGUUGGAAAGUGAAGUAAGAAGUUUAAAGCAGGAAUAUGAUAAACUUUAUUUGGAAAAACAAUCUGAGGUAUCUGCACUAUUGGCAGAGAAGACAUUUGUGUGGAAUCAGUACAAUAUUUUGGAGACAAAUUUAAGGAGUAAGAAUUCUGAAAUUGAACAAGCAGAUGAGAAACUAAAGAAUCUUAUAUCAGGCAUGGAGCAAUUACAGUCAUCUAAUAAUUGUAAGGAUGAAUGUAUUGCCAGAUUAACAAGUGAGUUAAAUAAAAUGAAGAAAGAAUCUAGCAAGUUAAAGGCAGAAACUGGCAGACUCUCACAGGAAGUAGAUCUUCUGAGAAAGUCUAGAAGUGCUUCAAUUACCCCUGUACUGACUCGUUGCACAAGUAGAACAAAAACUUCUAAUUUGUGGGGCAAGACGAGUGAUACUGAUUCUACAGAUGUCUCUGAAAAGGGUAGCAAAAGAUCGAAGAGAAAGGCAGAUGACGAUGUUGUGCCCACGUCAGUGACUCCAAAACUGUUUUCAGCCACAUUCAAAGUUCCCAAGUUGAAGAACUCACAUCCUUUGUGUGAUUAGAAAACUUUUUUAUAUUGUGAUUUUCAUGUAAAUUAUGUAUUUCGGUUAGUUAAGGAGUAGGCACCAAUUAUUUGGUUGAAACAUUUGUUUGGGAAUGGGGUGGAUUGGUGUGGAACUAGAUACCUUGCUAGAGUAAGAGUUGUUGUGUAGCCAUGUUCUUCUGCCUAAUGCUAAUGAUCACCUCUACAUGUUUCAGUAACUAUUCAUAAAGUAAAUUUUUGAGCUAUUUUAGCUCAUUUAUUGUAUGUAUUUUUUUGACA